AUGAUUAAUCCAUUAAUUGUUCAGCUAGAUGUUUAAAGAUUGAAAUAAUUGGAUUGUUGGAUUUCUAGUUGUGGUGUUAUGCAAGAUUGUAUAUAUAUUCCAAAACUAAGUAUGACCCUUCAUUUAUGUAGGAUGUCACCUCUCCAAAAAAUUUUACUACUCUAACAUUCAACACUAAAAAAACAAAAUAAACCCACCCAUCCAACACCACUAGGGGUCAUCUCCUAGACUGUAUGUACUGUCUCACCCUUUGGCCUACUCAUGUGCUAAAGUAAACAAAAAGCAAAUUUUUAGGAGGCCCAAAAAAUUGCUUAGUAAAAGAAUUAUAAUUUAGAAUGA